AUGUCAUCCAUGGGAAUUGAAGGCAGCAUGAAGGUUCAUCAGUUUGCGCGUGGAUUCUGGGAGCAACAUAUGCACGAGCCACCCUCUCUCACACUUGGCUGUAAGCGCUUUCGCCCGCUUGCUCCCAAGCAACUCACCACCACCACUAUCACCACCAACUCGGACAGUGUUGUCCCCAUCUUCGACCUCAAGAGCUUCAUUAGACCCGAAAGUGGUCCGAUCAAGAUUGGAUCCUCGGAAUAUCACAAGAAAGAAUCGGCUCAGGUAGAUACACAUCCUGGAGGGACGAGGUGGAAUCCGACCCAAGAACAGAUUGGGAUACUUGAAAUGUUGUAUAGAGGAGGAAUGCGAACUCCAAACGCGCAACAAAUCGAGCAAAUCACUGCUCAGUUAGGAAAGUAUGGCAAAAUAGAAGGGAAAAACGUGUUUUACUGGUUCCAGAACCACAAAGCCCGAGAGAGACAGAAGCAAAAGCGCAAUAGUCUAGGUCUUAAUAGCCAUAGUCCAAGAACACCACCUUCUUCCACACUUAACACUUCUCUGUUAUUAUCUGACACUAAGGGGGACGAUGUGAAGGACGAAGACAGUCCACACAAGCGAAAAUGCAGGACAUGGACAUUCGAAGGCCUGGAAGAGGACAAGAGAUAUUGUACAGAAGACGAAGACAGGACCCUGAAACUCUUCCCUUUGCACCCGGAAGGCAGAUGA